AUGCAUGAAAAUGAGAUGGUAUGUACAAGGGAAGAAACGUUUGAUACCUUAGUGCUCCCCAAAGAACUGGAGAAGCAAGGUCAUGAGUUGGAGAGGGCAGGAGACAAUAGCAUCAUAACGGCAUCAAUCGCCAAAAUAG